CAAUGGCCAAACAAUGCCUUCCUUUUCUUUUGCUAUUACAGGUUUGGUUACAACUUGCUGCCGCCCACACCAUUGUUAAAUUUCUUCCUGGGUUUAAGGGGCCCCUUCCUUUCCACCUUGAAACAGGGUAUGUUGGAGUGGAUGAAGCGGAGGAUGUGCAGCUCUUCUUCUACUUCAUCAAGUCCCAGAGGAAUUCUAAAGACGACCUUCUCUUGCUUUGGCUAACUGGUGGCCCCGGCUGCUCUGCCUUCUGUGGUCUUGUUUUCGAAAUCGGUCCAAUAAGUUUUGAGGUAAAGGAGUACAAUGGGAGCUUACCUACAUUGGUUUUGAAUCCAUACUCAUGGACACAGGUCUCCAGCAUAAUAUUUUUAGAUUUGCCUGUCCGCACUGGAUUCUCCUAUGCAAGAACCCCUCUUGCUCUUCAGAGAAGCGACUUCAAACAAGUUUCGCAUGCUGAGCAAUUUCUUCGAAAGUGGCUAAUGGAUCACCAAGAAUUCCUCGCAAGUCCAAUUUACAUUGCUGGUGACAGGACCUGCUGUCAUUUUAUUUUCUUGUAUCAACACGAAACGCCAAGAAACAGCUAUGAGGCAUUUAACUUAUAUUGCAGGGAUACAUAUAUACUUGGGAACCCUAUUACUGAUCCUACUUUUGAUUUUAACUCAAGGAUUCCAUUUGCUCAUGGAAUGGGACUCAUUUCUGAUGAACUCCAUGAGUCACUGAAGAAAAGUUGUGCAGGAGAGUAUCAAACGAUAAAACCGAGCAAUGCAGAGUGUUUGAAAAAUGUAGGGGCUUUUGAUAAGUGCAUUUCAGAUAUUGAAGAUUCACAUAUUUUGGAACGCAAGUAUAAUGACCCACUUAGCUUCAACAAAGCUAUCACAGAAGAGAAGAUAGAAGCAAUGAAUGAAGAAAUACAUGCCAUUGAGAAGAAUGAUACCUGGAAGCUGACUCAUCCACCAGAAAACAAGAAAGCAAUAGGUGUCAAAAGGGUCUACAAGACGAAAGCCAAAUUAGUGGAUAAAGGCUACAAGCAAAGAGAAGGACAUGUUCUCGUUACAUACUGGGCAAAUGACGAUAAUGUCCGCAAAGCACUCCAUGUGCGAGAGGGAAGUAUAGAGGAGUGGAAACGAUGCAAUUAUAAAUUACCUUAUACUUAUGAAAUUAAGAGCAGCAUCAAGUAUCAUAUAGACCUUGGGAUAAAAGGUUACCGCAGAUUAAUCUACAGUGGCGAUCAUGACAUGGAAGCACCAUUCUUGGGAACUCAAGCAUGGAUAAGAUCUUUAAACUACUCUAUUGUCGAUGACUGGCAGCCAUGGCACUAUCAAGGUCAAGUUGCAGGAUACACGAGGACUUACUCUAGUCAAUUGACAUUUGCGACUGUGAAGGGUGGAGGGCACACUGCUCCCGCGUACAGGCCUGCAGAAUGUUUUGCCAUGUUUAGAAGGUGGAUAAUUCAAGAACAUUUGUAA